CUUCAUCCGGGUAUCUUAGCUUUCCUAGUUGCUAACGAGAGGACGAGGGAGCUGUCGGUUCUUCGCCAAGCAAAAGUCAAGUGCUAGUGUGUGGAAAAUGAGUGCAGUUCAAACGCUUAGAGCGUUGGUGAAUCAGCGACUAACUGCGGCCGUUGAAGAAAUAUUUGCAGUGUUCGAGAGCACGAUAGCAGGGUACGAGGAGGAACUUACUCGAAUAAAAGAGGAGAACCGGAGACAACGUCAAAUACUGGACGGUGUUUUCCAACAGGCUCAAGUUGCGUUACACACAGCAGAUGCCAGUAAAGAAUAUCUUCAGCACAUUCAAGAAGAGGAGGAGAGGCCAGAACCCCCCCACAAUAAGGAGGAAGAGGAGGAUUACAAAAUCAGUCAUGAGGGAGAGCAUCUUGAAGGACUGGCGGAGUUCCCAGUGCUCCUUGUGAAGAUGGAAGAUGAAGACAAAGGUGAAUCUGAGGAGAAGAUAGAGGUGGAGCACAUGAAAAUAGAAACUGAUGGAGACCACUGUGGAGGACCACAAGCAGACAACCUCUUAGCUUUACUAUCAGAUAGUGAUGACCCGACGUCACACUCUCCUGACACUGAUGAUGAAGACUCUAAAGCUGAUCAGACAUGUCACACUGACAACACACGCUUGAAAUGCGCUCAGUGUGAUCAGACUUUUGAGAACAAGAGAGCACACACUGGAGAUGAACCAUACUUCUGCUCGAUGUGCGAUAAAAGGAACUUUGAGAAGGUACAAUUGACAGCACACACAAGCAUACACAAUAGGGAAAAACCAUAUACCUGUUCAGUGUGUGGUACAGGUUUUGUAUAUAAAAGUCAAUUAAAAACACACAUGACAAUACACACCGGAGAAAAACCAUAUUCAUGUUCAAUCUGCAACAAAAGCUUUCGUUCCAAAUCAAACAGUGUGAGCCACAUGCGAUUACACGGUGUUGAGAAACCACAUACCUGUUCAGUGUGCGGCGCAAGUUAUGCAUUCUUUCAUUCAUUAAAAGCACACAUGACUCAACACACUGGUGAGAAACCAAAUGCAUGUUCAAUCUGCAACAAAAGCUUUCGUGACACAUCAUGCCGUACAAAACACAUGAAAAGACACACUGGUGAGAAACCAUUUUCCUGUUCAGUUUGUGGUAGACAUUUUGCACGAAAUGAUCAUUUAAAAGCACACAUGCAAUUACACAGCGGUGAGAAACCAUAUACCUGUUCAGUGUGUGGUAAAUGUUUUUUACGUAAAAGUCAAUUAAAAACACACAUGCGAAUGCACACUGGAGAGAAACCGUAUUCAUGUUCAAUCUGCAACAAAAGCUUUCGUUACCAAUCAAACUGUGCAACCCACAUGCUAUUACACAGUGAUGAGAAACCACAUACCUGUUCAGUGUGUGGUGCAGGUUUUGCAGUCAUUCAUUCAUUAAACGGACACAUGACUCAACACACCGGUGAGAAACCAUUUUCCUGUUCAGUGUGUGGUAAAAGAUUUUCCACCAAAUCUCAUUUAAAAAUUCACUUGCGAAUACACACUGGAGAAAAACCGUAUGCAUGUUCAAUCUGCAACAAAAGUUUUCGUGACGCAUCAAGCCGUACAAAACACAUGAAAAGCCACACUGGUGAGAAACCAUACGCCUGUUCAGUGUGUGGUGAAGGUUUUGCAUUCAAUAAUGCAUUAAAAGCACACAUGUCUCGACACACUGGUGAGAAACCAUUUUCCUGUUCAGUGUGUGGUAAAGGAUUUUCCACUAAAUAUCAAUUACAAAUUCACUUGAGAAUACACACGGGAGAAAAACCAUAUCCAUGUUCAAUCUGCAACAAAACUUUUCGUGAUGCAUCAAGCCGUACAAAACACAUGAAAAGCCACACUGGUGAGAAAUCAUAUGACUGUUCAGUUUGUGGUAGAAGUUUUGCACGAAAUGGUAAUUUAAAAGCACACUUGAGAAUACACACAAGAGAAAAAACAAAUGUUGAAUCUGCAACAAAAGCUUUUCCGGACAAGGAGCAGUUGUAGAACACAUGAGAACUCACUGAUGAGAAAGUGUUGUGUUGCUGAUUCUGAAUUGUUAAUGCA